GCUUACAUUGGAUUUCUGGGCAUUGAUUGUAUCAUGGGCGUUGCCAUUUGAUAACGAACUGGGAGCUCGAAAUCGCACAGUCGAUUCUGGAAACGGGAGAGUCUGCAAUGGAGGUAGAGUGGAUUUUUCUGUGCCACGGGAUGGUGACUCUGGUGGUGCUGUUCUCCUUACUCUGCGGUCAAUGGCCCAUCUUCCAGGGCACCAUCGUCGAACGGAUUCACUACUUCCUUACUUUCGGUGCCUACGAUUACUUCCUGCGUUUCCUUCGGGCAGUUUUUGGCUCGAAGUGUACGAAUGCGAUUCUGUUUGUGGAAUAUUACUGCUGCAAUCGGCCCCAUCCAAUCUUGCAGAUCAUAUAUCUUGUGAUAAUCAGCGUAACAUAUUAUUUAAUCGUAAAGUUUUCCUUUCCCUAUAUUCCUAACUACUAUUUAAGUGGAAUACACAGGUACACAAGCUUGCUGGCGGUGGCUGUUGGAGUUCUGCUCUUUCUAUUGACCAGCUUUUCUGAUCCUGGAGUUGUAAAGGCUGGCAGUGUUUCUCAGUAUCUUUCUGCUUAUCCAUAUGACAAUAUCAUUUAUUCAGAGAAAAAGUGUCCAACGUGCAAAAUUCCAAAACCUGCUAGGUCCAAGCACUGCAGCAUUUGUGAUCAAUGUGUGGCGCGCUUUGACCAUCACUGUGGAUGGAUGAACAAUUGCAUUGGGGAGAAAAAUACUCGGUAUUUCAUGGCUUUUCUUUUCUGGCAUUUCCUACUUUGCCUGUAUGGAACAGUUGCCAUUGGUCUGAUCAUGGCUGGAAAACUACAAGAACUGAGAAUUGUACAUAUUCUUACAGUUUAUUAUGGAGUAGAAAAUUCUUUUCUGAGUUUAGCUCCUCAUAUUGCACAGUGGUUGUUGGGAUCUUACAACACUCAAAUACUUAUUAUGGUGUUCCUCUCUAUUGUUGGAAUACUAUUGGCUGGCUUUUUUGUUUACCAUGCAAAGCUCUGCCUCAGCAACACUACCACUAACGAGACCUUUAAAUGGCAAGAGUACAUUAGCUGUCAGAGGAAGCUAAAUGAAGCAGAGUCCACUGAUGCGGUCCCAAGGGAAAGUAUGAGUGGUAAAAGCAAAUGGAAAGCCCUUUUUCCAAGAUCAUCUCCUGAUACGGUGGAUAUUCCGAAGAAGAAUAAUACUUAUGAUAGAGGAUUCGUUCACAAUGUGGGGGAGGUUAUUUUCCCCCCUUCGACAAGACGAUCGUUUAUUGCAACCAAAUCCAAGCCUGGCUGAGGCGUGAUUGUUCUUCUUAAUCUGUAUCUUUGGCAAGCAAGCUUGAAAAGGACAAAAGAGCACAGUAGAGAUUGCUCUUAUCAGCGACCAUUAACUCCAUGCAAGAUGCAGGACGACCAUGAAGCAGUCGAAAGUCACAAGCGGUGAGAUGAGCCUCCUGCCUUAGCAAUAUGGUCUGCACAGCAAAUGAACUCCCAGGGGGAAUGAUUGACUGAGAUAAUCCACUCAUUGUAUAUUAAAUCUCUGAUAUCGCUGACCAGUUGUUUGAGGGGAUGACAGAAUCGCAUUUGGGGAAUCAGAGAAAACCUGUAGGCGUUGAACACCUCUUUGUUGACAAACUUCUGUCUCCAAUAUUGAUGUUGUCCCAAAUCUUCUGCUGAAGACCAAUGACCCAGUCAGCUUGCUCAUCUCCCACUAAUCCUCCACAAGCAGCGUUGCCCGCCUGAUUUUCUGAUGCAUCAACGUCCAGCUGCACUUCACCCGGUGGAGGAGGAAUCCAUUGAUCUAAUCCAAUACAUUUGUAGAUCCUUGAAAUAUUGUGUCUGUAUUUGUCACGGUUGGAUUCUUCCAUGAUAGAAUAUGUGCAUUGAUGCACGACAUCCCGUCUUCAAAAAUUCUGCGACAACGUGCUUUCCAUAGAGCCCGGCAGACCUGUCUAAGAACUCUAAUCUAUGGCCGUUGUUUGAACUCAGUAUUUCCCGGACUGCGCUUGUCUAUUUUUCAUUUUUUGUCAUCUUACAUCUUUUAAUCAGCCAUAAUUUUUCUUCUA